UUGAGCUCCCGACAAUGGAUUACAUCUUCGUAGCACAACUGUUUUUUGCUUUAGUGUUAAUUUACCAGCUGGUGACAUGGCUCAGGUCACGAUUACGUGUCGGUGACUACGACAAGAAGCACGUACUUGUGACAGGUUGUGGCAACGGUUUCGGCUAUCUCGUCGCUAAACGCCUGGACGUGUUAGGGUUCCGAGUGUUUGCCGCCUGUCGCACGUCACAAGCGGCGGAGAAACUGCAGGAAGAGAGUUCUUCUCGCGUCACCACGUUGGUGCUUGACGUCACAGACGAGAAGAGUAUCAGCGCCGCCAGAGACUUUGUGGCCGCCAGACUGCCGGAGGGUCAAGGUCUGUGGGGUGUUGUGAACAAUGCGGCCAUCGCUGGUCCUAAUGCUCCCAGCGAGUGGGUGUCACGUGAUGGGUAUCAGGCAUGUCUGGCGGUCAACCUGUUGGGCCUGAUUGACGUCACUCGGACUUUCCUUCCACUCGUGCGUCGCGCGCGAGGACGUGUUGUGAACAUCUCGAGCUUGGCGGGAAGAAUCGCCGUUGGCCCCUCUCCUUACUGCGUGACUAAAUAUGGCGUGGAGGCUUUCUCCGACUGUCUUCGGAGAGAAGUGUACAGACAGGGUGUACACGUGUGCAUCAUAGAACCUGGCCUCUUUAAAACAAAUAUCAAUAAACAGGAUAUUUUAUUCAAGUCAUUUAAGAUGUCCUACGAUGCCACACCCGCUGAUAUCAGACAACAUUACCCAGAGUUCACAGUGGAAGCAAUGUGCAAGAUGAUCACCAGAGCCUCUGCCAUUUUUUCGCCGAAGCUGCACCUGGUGGUGGACGCUUACGUCUUGGCUCUGACGUCACGGUUCCCGCCGACAAGGCAGCUGGUGGGCAGUGACGUGCGUCUGUUCUACCGCCUGCUGUGGAACUUGCCUACGCCCCUCACCGACUGGAUUCUCGUCAAAUUAUUAGAGUCAGCUGCACACUGAUAGCAAAUACCCAGUCUACUUUGACAUCAAACAGUAAUGCUACAAACAUACAUAUGAUUAAACUUUUCCGCACACAUCAAGAUACUAAAAAUCUUACAUAUCCGUACAAUAAUUUAUUAAUAAUCAGACGUGCUAUCCUAUUUGAUGUUGAAGUUUUAUUUUAAGGUUGACAUGAUGAAAAUACAUAUGAUUCACACAAAACUACGAAACUGAAUAAAUAAAAAUAUUUGCUUUCCAAAAUGACUCUUUUCCUAAUUCCGUAUUUUCUAUUUAUUACUUUCACUUCCAUUAUUAUCAAUAUUUACACGUGGUGACGUAUGUGUACAGGUGAUCCAUUUGAAGUCUAUGCUUUUCCAUACUACUGGGGGUCUCCAUCUUUUAUUAAGGCCGCAGAAAGUAAUACGUUUCGUAACGAUAUUUCAGCUAUGUAAAUUACUGGCAACUUUUUGCUUUGAAGUGAUUUUCGUAAUAAUAGGUGAAAAAAUGAGGAGUGGUACUAGGCGAGUACAGUGCGAAAGGGAAAGUCUAAAGCAACAAACUGUUGACAGAAAUGUCUCAAUUAGCUCGAGCAAUGGGACAAAACUCCGCAGAGGAACAAGAAAUCAAAGGAGAAAAUAUAAUGACGAUUAAGACGAUGUUGCAGGAGGCGUGCUACUUUUAAGUGGUCCACCCAUUCAAAGGACUAAAGGAGCAUUAGGGAGACGAGACAUCAGCAAACAUCAGUGAAAAUAGAAUAUAAAGUAUUAGAAUAAAACAUAUUCCGGUGGAAUUUUAUGACGAAAAGGCACGAGAAAUAUAAUAGUUAAAAAAUCUUUUUCAAACAUUUGCAUUUUGUUAAAUAAAAAAAGAUUAUAUCUA